AUGGAAAUAGUGGGGUGCCGAGCAGAAGACAACUCGUGUCCUUUCCGCCCCCCAGCCAUGCUCUUCCACGGGAUCUCCGGAGGCCACAUCCAAGGCAUCAUGGAGGAGAUGGAGCGCAGAUCCAAGACCGAGGCCCGCCUGGCCAAAGGCGCCCAGCUCAACGGCCGCGACGCGGGGAUGCCUCCGUUGAGCCCUGAGAAGCCCGCCCUGUGCGCCGGCUGCGGGGGCAAGAUCGCCGACAGGUACUACCUGCUGGCCGUGGACAAGCAGUGGCACCUGAGGUGCCUGAAAUGCUGUGAAUGUAAGCUGGCCCUCGAGUCCGAGCUCACCUGCUUCGCCAAGGACGGUAGCAUUUACUGCAAGGAGGACUACUACAGAAGGUUCUCUGUGCAGAGAUGUGCCCGCUGCCACCUUGGCAUCUCUGCCUCCGAGAUGGUCAUGCGCGCCCGAGACUCCGUCUACCACCUGAGCUGUUUCACCUGCUCCACCUGCAACAAGACCCUGACCACGGGCGAUCAUUUUGGCAUGAAAGACAGCCUGGUGUACUGCCGCGCCCACUUCGAGACCCUCUUGCAAGGGGAGUAUCCACCUCAGCUGAGCUACACCGAGCUGGCGGCCAAGAGCGGCGGCUUGGCCCUGCCUUACUUCAACGGCGCUGGCACCGUGCAGAAGGGGCGGCCCCGGAAGCGGAAGAGCCCCGCGCUGGGGGUGGACAUCGUCAGUUACAACUCAGGUUGUAACGAGAAUGAGGCCGACCAUCUGGACCGGGAUCAGCAGCCUUACCCGCCCUCGCAGAAGACCAAGCGCAUGCGCACCUCCUUCAAGCAUCACCAGCUCCGGACCAUGAAAUCCUACUUUGCCAUCAACCACAACCCGGACGCCAAGGACCUCAAGCAGCUUGCUCAGAAAACAGGCCUGACCAAAAGAGUUUUGCAGGUUUGGUUCCAAAACGCACGAGCCAAAUUCAGAAGGAACCUUUUGCGGCAGGAGAAUGGGGGUGUUGAUAAAGCUGAUGGCACGUCGCUUCCGGCCCCGCCCUCAGCAGACAGCGGCGCGCUCAGUCCACCCGGCACUGCGACCACUUUAACAGACCUGACCAAUCCCACUAUCACUGUAGUGACAGCCGUGACCUCUAACAUGGACAGCCACGAAUCCGGAAGCCCCUCGCAAACUACCUUAACGAACCUUUUCUAA